UUUCUGGGAGUCCAAGUCUUCGGCCAGGAUGUCUUUCGAUUAGUUGCCAACUGCUAGUUGGCCAAGAAAGUUCGCCAUGGCUUACCUCGCACUCGUUCUUAUCGCCACUCUGGCACUGGGAGACUUGAGUCUCUCGAAGCCAUCGGAGCCGGAGAAGAUUCUGGCCUCCUUGUCCCAGCUGAGACAGAGCAGCUUUCUAGACUGGAUCCAGUCGAUCCUGGGCCCCGAAGUUCCCGCCGAGUGGAGCAUUCCGGCCAAGAGAGACUGCGCCGAAUGCUCUUGCGGUAACAUCAAUACCCGCCACAGGAUCGUGGGCGGGCAGGAGACGGAGGUGCACGAGUAUCCCUGGAUGAUCAUGCUGAUGUGGUUCGGCAACUUCUACUGCGGCGCCUCCCUGGUGAACGACCAGUACGCCGUAACGGCUGCCCACUGCGUUAAUGGCUUCUACCACCGCCUCAUCACGGUUCGCCUCCUGGAGCACAACCGGCAAGACAGCCACGUGAAGAUCGUAGACCGCAGAGUGUCCAGGGUGCUGGUUCACCCCAACUACAGCACACGCAACUUCGACAGCGACAUCGCCCUGAUCCGAUUCAACGAGCCAGUGCGCCUAGGCAUCGACAUGCACCCGGUCUGCCUGCCCACUGCCAGCGAGGACUACGCUGGGCAGACAGCUGUGGUAACUGGGUGGGGCGCCCUGAGUGAGGGCGGUCCUGUCUCCGACACCCUCCAGGAGGUGGAGGUGCCCAUUCUCAGCCAGCGCGAGUGCAAGGACAGCAACUACGGCGAGUCCAAGAUCACCGAGAACAUGAUCUGUGCCGGCUAUGUGGACCAGGGCGGAAAGGACUCCUGUCAGGGCGACAGCGGCGGUCCCAUGCAUGUCCGGGGCUCCGGGGAGGCCUACCAGCUGGCCGGCGUUGUUUCCUGGGGUGAGGGUUGUGCCAAGCCCAAUGCCCCGGGUGUCUACACUCGGGUGGGCAACUUCAACGACUGGAUCCAGGAGAACACCAGAGACGCCUGCUCCUGUGCCCAGCCAGAGUCUACGGAGUCCUCCAUGAACACCACCGAGCAGGGCGAGCCGCAGCAGAAUACCUCCCCCGGAGAAGCAGAUCCGGAAGUGGAAGAGGCCAACAAAUUGGUUUGAAAUCUAAUAAACUUUUUUUUAAA